CAAUGAAAAUAGCCAGCGUGUGAUUUUUUUUUUCUUUUUUGCCGCACUGUGUCAGUUUACACUAUUGUACACGGAUGUGACGGUAUACAAAACAGACCGCGCUGUGUCUUAUUAGGCAACCAGUUUUGUAAGAGGCAAUAAUUUGUCUAAUAAGGGCUACAAAGGGUAUAGAUUAGUUGAUUGUUGCGACUUUAUGGCCGGUUAGCGGUGCUGCUACGUGUCGGAACUUGCCUGGUUUCAGGCAGCCACAAAACCCUGUGACUUAUUGAUGGUCGAGGAAGAGCCGCAAAAUAACAAACAUUAAACUAGAAACCCUGAAAUUCCGCAAAGAUGAAGGAGAGCAAACAUCAGGAUGUUUUGCUAUUAACGAAAGAGACGGGAAGCAGGAAAGGGGGAACUGGGAAAGAGCUGGGUUUAUAAUGUAGCCAGCUGGAGAUCCCAGUUUCAGCCAGCAGUGCUGUCCGUGUGUCUGACUACUGCAGGCAAAAAGUCUCACAAACAACAGUCACGCUUUUAAUAGAACCAAGAUGAUGUACUCUUCCCGGAGAAAACCAGUGCUCUACUUUAAAGAGGACAAAAGAUUUUUAUGGAAAAAGUGCACGGUGCUGAAGCUGUUCGGUCUCUGCAUGGUGCUCGUCCUUGGCUCUCUUCUCUGGCUGCAGCUGAGCUGUUCAGCUGAUCUGAACCAGGCGCUGUUGGCUGAUCAUCCGCCGCAUCAGCCGUGUCCUUUAGAGAGACACAUCGCACCCGUUGAUGACUCCUCAUGGGGCCCUCACAAAAUGGCCGUCAUUGUUCCCUUCAGGGAGCGUUUUGAAGAACUUCUUAUUUUUGUGCCGUACAUGCACGCUUUCCUCAACAAAAAGAAAAUACGACACAAGAUUCUCGUCAUCAACCAGGUGGAUCAUUUACGUUUCAACAGAGCCUCUCUCAUCAACGUCGGCUACAUGGAGAGCGGAAACGAUACAGACUACAUAGCGAUGCAUGAUGUAGACUUGCUGCCUCAAAACGAAGCUCUAGACUAUGGAUUCCCAGAAGAGGGACCCUUCCAUGUCGCUUCACCAGAGCUUCACCCACUGUAUCAUUAUAAGACAUAUGUAGGAGGAAUUCUGCUGCUUACCAAGAAACACUAUCAAAUGUGCAAUGGAAUGUCCAAUCGGUUCUGGGGUUGGGGAAGAGAAGAUGACGAGUUCUUCAGAAGACUGCGAACAGCAGAACUGCAGCUGUUCAGGCCAAAAGGAAUAACCACAGGGUACAAAACGUUCAGGCACAUUCACGACCCUGCCUGGAGGAAGAGAGACCAGAAGAGGAUAGCUGCACAAAAGCAGGAACAAUUUAAAAUUGACCCAGAGGGUGGUCUAACCAACCUGCGCUACAAGGUAGAGUCUAGACAGGAACUGAUGAUCAGUGGCGCCCCCUGCACUGUCAUCAGCACCUUGCUGGAGUGUGACAUCAGCCAAACGCCCUGGUGUCAGUUCAGCUAACACGCCUGGCCUGCUGAUGCUCUGUGCCAUGAUAAUGCCAUUUCUCUAUGUAUAGGGUUACUGCUGUGGACAGUUUUGCAUAAAUAACCUGGUUAUUUAACUGGAAACGCCGAAAACAAGACACAGACAGACACUGAGGUUUUAUUGCUACCGGACAGUAUUAUGAUGAUCUUUGAUGAACCUGCCGCUGAUUUACAUGGACAGAACUGAACUGUCGGACCUUUCCGGUACUGCACUGAGAGCACGUUAGCAGUGUUACUACUAAUAUGAGCUUAAUGAUAUGAAUUUCACAAGAUGAGUUUCAAACUGGUGAAGCUGUAGCAGUGACAUUUUCUUGGAUUCUUUCUCAUGAUGCAGUAAUUAACAUUUUAUUUGUGGAUGCUGAUUUCAGAACUGACUUGAUGCUCAUGUACUUAAAAUAGGUUGAAGGUACUUUGAGGACAUUUGCACACUUCAUAUUUAUAUGAGAAGUCUACUUAGUUUUUAUACCAUGUUUUAUCCCAUUUCUAAAAGUUAGUUGGUUUGGGCUAGAAUACAAUGAAUGAAUGAAUGAAUGAAUGACACUGCAUGUCUGCAGUAUUGAGAGUUAUACUAUAAGAAGAGAGGAACAUGCCUGCAUUCUCUUUAACAAGGACGCCUAAACGUCUCAACCUCUUUAGGGUAAAGAUGCAACAUGCUGUGAUACGGAUGUGACGGUCACUGGGGUAAAAUUAAAUUUUUACAACUUGGUCAAAGAAUGUAAGUGUUGAAUGACUACAUUUUGACAAGAGCAAGCUUCAAUCACUUUCAAAGCUGGAUUAAAUGGGAUUAUUACAAGA